AUGACCCACCACACUAACGGCACAAUGCCACCAGCAAACGGCAUGCCAUUUCACCAACAGUACCCUCAGAACUACCAUCAACACGGUCGCCUGGACCCAGCUGUCCCACAUUUCACCCCGAACGGCACAGAGCUUGCUCGCUUCAAACCUCCGACGCCACCAGGAUCAAACAUGGACCUCAUCUAUCCCAGCAAUCUAAGUGAUGUGGAGCGCUACAUCAUCGAAACCAGAACCAAACAUGACAAGGAACUCGCGCACGUCAACUCCCUGGCGAAGGACAACAAGCGUGCGAUCGAGGAGACCAACGAGAAGAUCGCGCGAGACCUCCAGACUCUGCAAGCGCAGCUCGCAGCGGUCCAGCUUCAGGUCGGCCCAUGCAAGAACAAGGAUCAUGCUAUGGCUGUCAUCAAGCGUGGUCUCGAUUUGGUGGAUCCUGACGAUGUUCGCCCGGAGGUCAUGCUCAAGCACUUUGACAGGGAGAUCGUUGCUCAGGUGUACUUGGAGCAGGCCGAUGUUGCAGAGAGUGCGGCGAGGAAGCUGCGAGCUGAUGCGAUUGCCAUUACUGGUGGUUCGGACUUGGCGAAUGUAAGCCUGGAGGACGAGCAAGUCAACGGAAAUUCGACACCAACUCAAGCACCAGCACGUCGGGCUCAGACCGAGAAGCAAUCUCACGCUGUGGAGAUCAAGGUUCCUACUACGAUCAAUGACAAAGAAGAAGAGUCCCCAAACGACGAUAUUAAGAAGCAGACCACGCUCAUUGAGAUCAAAGAUAUACCCUGGCAACCUCUAUCCGUCCGCACCAUGCCCCCCUCCCCCAUUCUCUGCAUCCCUGCCACCCACACCCAAACCUUCACCUGGGAAUUCCUCACCUCGACCUUCGGCGGCAAAAAACACUCACCCUCCUUCUACUUCAUCCCGACCAAAACCUCCCUGCUCAAAUCCCGCGGCUACUGGAUCCUCGAAGCCGAAUACGAACCCUUCCUCCCCGUCCACCCGGGCCAGCACGGAGCAAAACUAACCCCUUUCUUCAACGACACGGUUGACGCUUCAGAAAUGGGUGAGGGACCGGACGAGGAGAAUUACCUCGACACGCCGGUUUUUGUUUCGAAGGUGGGGGAGGGGGUUUAUACUUAUUUUGGGCAGUACAGCCAGCUUCGAUUCAGUGAUAAGCUUGACUAUGAGCGGGUAAUGGAGACUGUGCCGGAGAGGAUCCGUCGCUACUGGGCGAAUCAGUUGGCUGAUCCCCUCCGUCCGGCUUGGGUCACGAAGGCGCUGAAGGAGCAUUUCUGGCCGAGACCGAAGUACGAGGGUCCUACUCCUACGGACUCAGCUGUUGCCACCCCUGCUACUGCUGAGACGGGAGGUAGUAGGGAGAGUGUGGGGAUGGAGAAGAGGGUUAAGGACGCUCUGGUGGCGUAUGCGGAGGAGUUGAAGCAGUGGGAGCGGAAUGUGAGCGUCAAGGUUAGUUGUUUGACGAGUGAAGGGUUGAUGGAGGCUUUUGCGAAGGCGGAUGCGGAGAUGGAGCCGGGGAUGAGGUUGUGGUGGGAGUACUUUGAGUGUGUGGGGUAUCAGGUGGGGUUUUAUGAGUGGCUGGUUGAGGAGCAGAAGAAGUUUGAAGAGAGGGCGAGCGGAAAGCUUGAUGGCGGUGUUGUUGGUGUUGGUGGAGGGAGGAGGGAAGGACUGGUCGAUGCUGCGGCAGAGAAAGGCGAGAGCGAGGGUUCGCUUUCUGGUCGCGCAGACCAGGGCUCAGCAGAACAGAUCCUCGACUGGGAGGAAGAUGCAGAGGGUAACUUCACAGCUGAUUUCCGUCCCGCCGACUCCGCAACCCCAAACCCACCCAACAACACCAAGCCUGCUGCAAAGCUCACUGCGAAGGCCAGAACACCCUCGCAGCCGCAGACACGCAGCUGCACUUCCAGUACCGCCACCUCAACCAUCAAACCCUCUGCCCCAAAACCCACCCCAACCACAUCGACACCCAAACCCACACAGGUGCGGAAAGCAAGCACGACAUCGACAUCGCCUCCUAAGCAGAUCAACGGUAGUCUCCGCACCGGCGACCUAGCAGCCGCCCGCGCCUUCCAGGCCUCCGCUACCCCAGCCAAACCCCGUGGCAUUGGCAGUGGCAGCAGAGGUGGUGGGGGAGCAGGAAAUGCGCGGGAUGCCGGUGGAAGGGGUAUGUACACACCGCCGCAUAGACGUGGUGGAGGGGCAAAGUAA